AUGAGAGGGCGCGUCCCGGCCACGUUCGCCGUGCGCGCUUUUUACGUGAUGGCGUGCACCGCGGCGGCCGUGCUGGGCGUCCGGGGCACCGACGACAGCCUGCGGUCCGCGCUGGAAGCCAUUUCGGACAAAUUGGGAUCGACACCCCCGCGGAUGGCGGCCGCGGUCUACUUGAACACAGAUGACGGUCAACCGGAAGAUAUUGGCUAUGGUUAUCAAAAAAAUUUGAGAAAUUUAGAAAAUAUAUUUGAACAGGGCGUUCGAGUACCAAGCAAUAAGAUUUACAAAGAUGAAGUGGCUGAAAAGUUUCUCAACUAUUUGGCUAAUGAAAAUCCUCAGUACAAUCAAAAAUCGUGGAGUAAAAAGUCGAUAUUCCGUGAGAGGGAAGGCUCAGACAUGCCGGAAAAUUUACAACAACUGAAAUAUGAUAGAUACGCGACGCCUUCUGCUUUUCGCGAACGAUACAAAACUAAUCCCAACAUAGAACAGGAUUACAAAAACAAUAUGGAAGACCAAGGUGAUUAUUUGUAUGCGUUGAAUACGCUUAUAGACAAAUACAUCGAAGAAAAUGUACAAGGCAUGUCAGACGAAGAACUAGAGAGUUUUCUGAGGUCCCAGGAAGAAAAACGUAACAUACCGGAUGAAUAUCAAAAUAUUUACGAUCCUUAUUAUAAAAGGGGGAGCCCGAUGAAAAGGCAGUAUUUGUUCAUUCCCAGGUAUCAUGCGAGAAGAAACAAUAAGUAUCGAAGUAAAUGGGUAAAGCCGAGAUUAAUGAAGAGGUCGAAGAAAAAUGUCGCGUUAAAUGAAUCGCACACGGACCCAAAAGUGGCCGCCGAGCUUAAUAAUAUUUUUCUUGGAUCGGAAUCAAACACAAACUCCAACACCACAACAGUCAUUAAUAAUAGUGUAAAUCAAACAGCAAAACCAGAAGUGGAUGGUAACAACCUCAAAAUAGAUUUGAAAAAAAAGUCCAUCGAUUGGAGUAAUUAUUUUGGAUACGAUCGAAAGAAAAAAUCUAUUGAGAACAUACCAUCCGACGAUACCAUUUUAAAUCAAUAUAUUCGUGCCUAUGGGAAAGAAAAUGACGAAAACGAAGAGAUGAACAAUAUCAAUCUAAAAGAUGACAAAUUAAUGUGGAUGGAAGAUGCACUAAUUAACGACGCACUGAAAUAUACGGGAGCUAAUCAAGGUACCAACGAUCCAGAAGAAAUAAACAACGUCAAAAAUCAAGUACUCGCAAAUUUGAAUCAAGCAUACAACAUUGAAAAACUUAGAAAUGAAAAUAACGAGAUGCAAGAAAAACAAUAUGAAAAAGCAGAUUUUGUUGUGCCUGCAGAAAAUAACAGUCAACCUAUGAAUUCAUUGGAUAUAGCAGAGUCAAAUAAAGAAGAUCACGAAUGUACUCAACUUCUACAAAUAACUCAGAACUGUUUAGAAUUGGGGGGAUCAGCUGGAGACUUGAUGUUGCCCGUGUGCAUGCUUUACCGCGUUUGUAGUACUUGUGAAUCCGAACAAUCAGAAUGUGAAGCGAAAUUUAUACAAGGAUCCCACGAACUGUGCAGCAAAGCUCCGUUGUGUAGAUACUUUUCACGGCGUAUACUACAACUUAUGCAAGAACAUCCUUUACAAAUACAAUGCCACAAGUGCAUGGUUAACUUUUUACAGAACGAAGAUUAA